UGUAGAGUGACCAAAACCACUUUAAAAACUGCUUACAGACUAGGCCUACUUUGAACAGACUGAGACCUGCUAAGAUCUGUGAAGGAGUUUAGGGUACAACAAUAAAAAGCUGUUUUUGUAAACCUCAUUCAUGAUUGAUUUAUGAAUUGAGGUGGAGUGUUGUCACCAGGAGUGGUACAGUACCAACUUAACAAAAGUGUUGUCCUCACACAAAAUACUUUCAUUUUACUACUUAAUUUACUACUGAUGAAAGCAAUCUGUACAUCAGUCUGUAUCCCAGCAGAUUCUCAUCUACUUCACAACUCCAUCUAAACAUCUACUCUUCUUCAGUCAGCAACAUGGGCAUCUUUAUUUUCUACUGUCUUUGCUUUUUGUUUGUGAAAGGUGUGUUUGGUGCUCAUGUUACAGUGUCAAUGAUGAAGGAAGAUUCUGUUACUCUACUUAUUAAUCCCAAUAAAACAAGGGGAGCUGAAAAUCUACUGUGGAAGUUUGAAGACAAGAUCAUUGCAACUAUUGAUUUAAAAGUGAAACCUAGCCAAGCAGAAUACCCUGAUGAGAGAUUCACAAACAGACUUUAUCUGAACCCUAACACUGGAGAUCUCACCAUCAACGACAUCGAAAUUGAAGACACUGGAGAAUAUCAGCUGGAGAUCAAGACCAGCAGUGCACCAGACUACAAGCCCUUAAAGACAUUCAGUGUUACUGUCAAUGAAGUGGAGUCAGAAUUAGUGAUGAAGGGAGAAACUCUCACUCUGAACGCUAAAGCCCAAAUACAGGCAGAUGAUGUGAUCGAGUGGAAGUUUAGAAACACUCCAAUAGCUAAAAUGGACAGAAAAGGACAUCCCCACCCAGAUGAUGCUCUUGAUAAGAGAUUCAGAGGCAGACUGCAUGUGGAUUUGUUUGGUUCUCUCACUAUUACACAUAUCAAAAUUGAAGACUCUGGACAUUAUGAUGUAUACAUCAAUAACAGCAAACGCAUCAUUCAGAAGAGAUUCAGAGUUACUGUUAUUGAUGAAGUGAAGUCAGAAUCAUGGAUGGAGGGAGGAUCUGUCAUUCUGAACACUGAAGCCCAAAUACAGGCAGAUGAUGUGAUCGAGUGGAAGUUUAAAAACACUCCCAUAGCUAAAAUGGACAGAAAAGGACAUCCCCACCCAGAUGAUGCUCUUGAUAAGAGAUUCAGAGGCAGACUGCAUGUGGAUUUGUUUGGUUCUCUCAUCAUUAAACACAUCAAAAUUGAGGACUCUGGACAUUAUGAUGUAUACAUCACUAACAGCAAACACAUAAUUCAAAAGAGAUUCGAUGUUACUGUUACUGAAUUCAGUCCGUGGUCACACCAGGUGAAGAUUGGUCCAGGAUUAUUUUUAGUAUUGAUCAUGUUGGUGAUAGCACUGGUUUAGCCUGCUGCAUAAGAUGUUACAGGAUUUUUCUAGCUUUAAAUAAGGUGGAGGUUUUGCUAAAAAUCUUUGCACCCUUGGUAAAUAUAAACAAAGAAAGCUGUGAAAAUAAAUCUACGUUUCUCCUUUUCAGCUUUAAUUAAAAGGGAACAUUUCACAAGACUUUUUAAAAGAUGUAAAAUAAAUCUUUAGUGUCCCCAGAGUGCUAUAUAUAGAUAAUAGAUAGAGAAAUUUUACUUAUAAACAUUUCUAGGGGUGCCAGUAACUGUGUCUGGUGUGUAGUAGAUUAAAAAAAUGUAUUUGAUAAUGCAACCCCCCCCCACACACACCCACACUUUCAAUUGUUUAACUUCAAUAAAACAUUUAAUUCUAUUUAAAUUAAAGCUCAAAAAGAAAAGCAUUGAUUUAUUUUCACAGCUUUCUCUUCUCAUAUUUAGCAAGGGUUCUGAUAUUUUUGGCCAUGAUUGUACAUAUAAGAUAUUGGGUUAACAUAUGUCAGUACUCUUUUUGUCAAGUUAUACCGGCUUCCUAAAGUAGCCAGCAUUAAAUUUAAAGCUCUGCCCCUGGCCUUUAAAACCAUGACUGGGUCAGCUCUUCUGCCCUUCUACCCUUGGACUUGAUGAGACUUAUUGUAGUGCACUUAUGUAUCGCUGUUUUAUGUUGUUCUAAUUGCUUCUAUUGUUACCACAUUUGUAAGUCACUUUGUACAAAAGCAUCUGCUAAAUGACUAAAUAUAAAUUCAAAACAGGGAAUCAGGGUUUUUAAAUGUGUUUAAUAAAGUUGUCAGAGGCUCGGUGGCAAUAACAUUGAUGUUAAGAGACUGGUUGGCUUUUUUAUUUUUAAUAAACACAAUCAGACUUCAAAUUUC